AUGCCCAGACAGCGCAAAUACCAGAUUGUGAUCAAGGUGGAUCCUUCCCUCAUUGGGAAAAGGAAGCGGCAAAUUGAAGCCGCGAGAAAGAAUUUGGAGAAUGACAUCUGGUGGUGGACAUAUCUGAUCCAAAUCUCCUGUUCAUUCUACCAUCUUUUUCGUUUCUACUCUGACGGCGAGGAAGACCCACUUCAGAGUAACAAGUUCUUGUGUGCUCUAGCGAUGUUUUUACUCAACGUGGCCACAAUCGUCGCGAGCAGAAAAAAAUCAUGGUUCGCAAACAUUCAGGAUAAUAUCCUGUUUGUGCACCUCGCAUGGUUCCCAAUUUGUAUAGCGAUGUUCCCUUCUCUUCCAUCAACCGAUACGAUCACUCCCGCGCAGAUUUACUGUAGAUCUGGCUCGUACGCAAUCCUGAUAUUUGUCGCACUAGGCCAAAUGCGUCAUUUUCAACUCUACGUGCAAUACACCGAGAAGGAAUAUGAAAUUCUACCGAAAUCCAAAAAGUGA